CCCCAGCAGCUCGCGCAGUCGUGUUCAAAACAACUGAGGAAGUAGCGAGAAGCUACAUGGCUAACGAAAACUAAUUGCUGCGGUUAAUAAAGCGUUUGUGGUGGGAUGAUUUAGGUGAAAUGCAGUUACGUUGGUCCUUAACUCACAGCCUUCGCUCAGGUUUCAUUUGCAGUAAGAGGAAAUGAGCCGAUAUAUGCUCACUUCUUAGCUAACAGGCUAACGAUCAGCUGUUGUUUUUGUCGGGAAGGUACAAGUCAAACUGCAUAGUAUUACCAAACCAGUUCUCCGCAUUGGCCAUUAAAAAACGGAACUGUUCAGUUAGUUAAUGGCGACAUGUAAAACUGUACCACCCUGACAGACUUAUUAGCGAUUAGGCGUCAACGCCGUGAGGGAUUGAUAUAUCAGAGGGGUGUGUGAUUAAAUUAAAACAAUUGCUUCAAGAUGCACGACGCGUAUGAGCCAGUACCUAUUCUGGAAAAGCUUCCUCUUCAGAUUGACUGCCUUGCGGCCUGGGAGGACUGGCUGCUUGUAGGAACAAAACCAGGCCAUCUCCUUCUGUAUCGAAUUAAAAAGGAUGCAGGCAGCAACCGGUUUGAGGUGACACUGGAAAAAUCCAAUAAGAACUUCUCAAAGAAGAUUCAGCAGCUGUAUGUUGUCUCACAGUACAAAAUCCUUGUCAGUCUCCUGGAGAACAACAUCCACGUCCAUGACCUUCUGACUUUCCAGCAGAUCACUGUGGUGUCCAAAGCCAAAGGGGCCACACUUUUUGCAUGUGACCUGCAGCAAACCAGCUCGGGGGAGGAACGACUCAGAAUGUGUGUUGCAGUGAAAAAGAAACUCCAGCUGUAUUACUGGAAGGACAGAGAGUUUCAUGAGCUGCAGGGGGACUUUGGUGCACCAGAUAUUCCAAAAUCCAUGGCUUGGUGUGAAAACUCCAUAUGUGUUGGUUUCAAGAGGGACUAUUACCUCAUUCGGAUGGAUGGCCGUGGCUCCAUCAAGGAGCUCUUCCCCACUGGGAAGCAGUUAGAGCCUCUGGUUGCCCCACUGGCAGAUGGGAAGGUGGCUGUUGGGCAGGAUGACCUAACCGUGGUGCUUAAUGAAGAGGGAGUUUGCACCCAGAAGUGUGCCCUGAACUGGACAGAUAUCCCUAUAGCCAUGGAACACCAGCCUCCCUACAUCAUAGCAGUUCUUCCUCGAUACGUGGAGAUACGGACCUUUGAGCCAAGGCUGUUGGUGCAGAGCGUGGAGCUGCAGAGACCUCGCUUCAUCUCCUCAGCAGGGCCAAAUAUCGUGUAUGUUGCCAGCAACCACUUUGUGUGGCGCCUGGUGCCCGUGUCAAUAGCCAGCCAGAUCCGUCAGCUUCUACAGGACAAGCAGUUUGAGCUGGCUCUUCAGCUGGCGAAGAUGAAGGAUGACUCGGAUGGUGAUAAGAAGCAGCAGAUACAUCACAUCCAGAAUUUAUAUGCCUUUAAUCUGUUUUGCCAGAAGAGAUUUGAUGAUUCAAUGCAGGUGUUUGCCAAACUCGGCACAGAUCCCACACACGUGAUUGGACUUUAUCCAGAUUUGCUCCCAGGUGAUUACCGCAAACAACUGCACUACCCCAACCCUCUGCCUGCUCUGUCAGGGGCAGAGCUGGAAAAGGCGCAUCUUGCACUUAUUGAUUAUCUCACACAGAAACGGAGCCACCUUGUGAAACAGCUGAAUGACUCCGACCCUUCUACGACGUCUCCGCUCAUGGAGGGCACACCAACCAUUAAAAGCCGCAAAAAACUCCUGCAGAUCAUUGAUACCACCUUGCUGAAAUGUUACCUUCAUACGAAUGUGGCCCUUGUGUCCCCCCUCCUUCGUUUGGAGAACAAUCAUUGCCACAUCGAGGAGAGCGAGUAUGUCCUGAAGAAGGCUCACAAGUACAGUGAGCUUAUCAUUCUCUAUGAAAAGAAGGGCCUGCACCAGAAAGCUCUGCAGGUGCUGCUUGACCAGUCCACCAAGGCCAAUUCUCCACUGAAGGGCCACGAGCGAACAGUGCAGUACCUCCAAAGACUCGGAGCGGAGAAUCUGGGCAUAAUCUUUGAGUUUUCUCCCUGGGUGCUUAAGACCUGUCCUGACGAUGGCCUGAAGAUCUUUACAGAAGACCUUACAGAGGUGGAGUCUUUGCCCAGAGACCAGGUGCUGCAGUUCCUAAAAGAUGGCUUUAAGGAGCUCGCCAUCCCGUAUUUAGAACACAUCAUUUACGUGUGGGAAGAGAAGGGUCCAGAGUUUCACAACGUGCUAAUCCAGCUCUACCUGGGCAGGGUUCAAGUCCUCAUGAAGGAGUACCUCAAGACACUGCCUAAAGGGACUCCAGCUGCUCCUGCAGGGAAAGAGGACGGUGAACUGGGAGAGUUCAGAAACAAGCUGCUGACUUUCCUGGAUAUUUCUACAUGCUACGAACCUGCCAGACUCAUCAGUGACUUCCCCUUUGAUGGCCUGCUGGAGGAACGGGCUCUGCUUCUAGGUCGUAUGGGUAAACAUGAGCAGGCCCUCUUCAUCUAUGUACACGUCCUGAAAGACACCCGCAUGGCUGAAGAGUACUGUCAUGGACAUUACAACAGUUCAGUCGAAGGAAACAAAGAUGUUUAUCUUUCUCUGCUGCGAAUGUACCUGUCACCUCCUGACGUCCACUGCCUGGGGCCCAUUAAGAUGGAGCUAUCUGAGCCUCAGGCCAACCUCCAGGCAGCCCUGCAGGUCCUGGAGCUGCACCACAGCAAGCUCAACACCACCAAGGCCAUCAAUUUGCUCCCAGCAAACACUCAGAUCCGAGAGAUCCGGGUUUUCCUGGAGAGCGUCCUGGAGGAGAAGGCUCAGAGGAAGCGCUGCAACCAGGUGCUGAAAAGUCUACUGCAAGCCGAAUUCCUCAGGGUGCAGGAGGAGCGGAUCUUCCACCAGCAGGUUAAAUGUGUCAUUACAGAAGAGAAGACCUGCAGAGUCUGCAAGAAGAAAAUAGGAAACAGUGCAUUUGCCAGGUAUCCCAAUGGUGUGGUGGUGCAUUACUUCUGCUGCAAAGAUCGCAACAUUUGCCCCACUGAGCAGUAACAUCCUCUUCUCAAUAGAAAUAAUAAAUUGCCCUCCUUUCUUCCCAUGGACUUCACUCCUUGGACAUCUAUGACCUAGAAAUACACGUGGUAGUUGGAGAUGUUUAGAAUAGGACGCCUUUGUCCAAAGCACCCCAGAGGAUUUUGCUUGCAGAUGCUUUUUAACCUGAGUUGACCUUUUCGUUGUCCUGCUCAAACACAGAGCAGAACGGGAGCUCAGAUGAGCAGAAGAAGCUCCUGCAACUUUCUCUCUCUGUGCAUGGAGUAGCAGUAGGAAUGUCCAGGGUCAUUCAACAGAUGGGGAGAGAGAAACAGAGCGAGGGAGGUAGACGCUGACAUUUGAAAAGCAUGUGUCGCUGUAAUGCUAGAAGGGAUUCACAGCUCUACAGUACAUGUUCCCUCUGAGGAAAAAAGGACGCUAUUGACAACUAUAACAGAAGUUGUGCAUGCACUCACCAGGAGAUGAUUACAAGCCUGGUUUACGCUGUCUCCUUUCCCUCCUGUUACACUGUGUAGGCCUCAAACACUGCUUGAUAUGCCAUAUAAACUCUGCAGGAGUGCCGACGAACACCUUCUGUGACUCUGAAGAUUGUACUUGCGGUGAAGUCAGAUGUCUCUCAUGACUUGUUAGCAAGUGAUGGUACUUACAAAAACAGCUUUACAGCACGUUUGUCGUUUUUCUGUGCAAUCAUCUGUUGCGGCUAACAUCAUUGAUAGUUGCGUUCUUUUUACGGUUUAAUUAUUAUUGCUCUAUUCACUCUUUACUGUUUUAAUGCCUCAUUUGUCUCUGUUGUGUUCUUUGUCUUCUUUAUGAAGUGAAAUAAAUUUUUUAAUGUAAACCUUGUAACUUUUGAACAACACUCACAUUUUCUCUCUUCUGACCCUCCUGCUUAACUUCAUUUUGCACCUAUCAGCCACAGCAUUAAAACCACCUGCCUUAUAUUGUCUAAGUCUCCUUUGUGCUGCUCUGACCCUUUGGGUCCUCUGGGUUACAGGGUGCAGCCCACAUGGACUGGGCUGGGUCUGUACCUUCAGCUGUCCUUGAGUUUGUCCCGCUGUCCUGAAGAAGGAAGCCAUUGCUGUCAGGGUGUGCCAUUGCCACUGGAGAUGAUAAAUUAUGUGAAGUGUAUAGUCUUGAUCCUGGCAGAAGUUUUGAUGAUGUGGUUGGUUCAGUGAGGAAAAAUUUAAUUACAGCUCUAUUUAAAAAUUGGUCAUUAUAGUUGGUUUUUUUUCCAAGAAAACUUUAAAAACUGCUUUUCUUCCUUUUGUCAUACAUGAAAUUUAAUAUAUUUGGGUUUCUUAAAGGCUUUCUUUGCUAUUUUGUAGGCUAAUUGAUGUAAAUAUUACAUUUAUUGAUUCAUUCUCUUCACUCUGACAUGAGUACUACAACAAUAUUAUGUUAAAGUGUCUGGUUGGUGUCCACCUGGGAGGUAUUUCAAAAAGCAGGGCUCCCCCGGUUUAUUAUUAAUAAAGUUAAAGCAAUGGAUGUAUGGUUUUUGUUUGGUUUUUUUUCCCCUUGGUCUACAUUGACGGUGACACUGUUGUCAAUGACUUGAAGAGCAAAAGUGAUCUUUCUUGUAAUUUGUAGCAUUUUCUGCAUCCCUUCUUCCUUGAAAUGCCCUCUUCUGAUUUUAGAGGUUUGCACACAUUCUCUGAGACUGUUUCAGAUGUAUGUUUGUCUUAUUAUUUUUGUGGAAAUAUUUGUACCACUGUGUGUUUACUGUAUAAAGACUGAGAGGAUCGAU